ACAUUAACAUUUUCAUUUCCAUCAAUACAAAUUCCCCUGCAUUUUAGUUUAUUAACCUGAUCACAUAAGUAGAAAACAGGUUUUUGGAAAACAAACAUGCUGAAGUAAUUGAUCCAUCAAUGAAAAUUUCCUAAACCACUUCUGCAUUCCAAAGACAGCAGUAUCAUGAACGAACAAGGUGAUGAUGACACAGGCUGAAAAAUAAGAUUGACGGGAAGUGUCAACCCCCAUGCACCACAGGAAGGACGUUAGGGAUUUCUUAAAAUGGGGUAUAAAAUAACGGCACCCCAGGGUGUCAUCUGUACAACUCCCCAGGGGCUCAACUUAAUAUCAAGAAAAGAGUUAACCUCGAAGAAGAAGAAGAAGAAAAAGAAGAAGAAUGAAUUUCUCUGGAGUCAUUCUUUCUGCUGUGCUCGUGCUUCUGCUUUCUUUGACUGCUCAGUACAGGAAAACCAACUGCAAGUGUGACUGCUGCACAUUUGUGGAGGGCUUUCCUGCCAGGCUGAAGGAGCUCCGUUCAUCAUGUAAUACUGAAAUACUGAAAUUUUAUGAGUCCAAUGACGAUCACGAGGCUUUGAUAGACGACACUGUGCAACAUAACAUCAAUGGUCCUUAUGGAUGUCAUGUCCUGGACGAGAUCCUGCGCUUUUAUUUGAACACGGUUCUGACGACAGCUGUGAAGAACCACGCGCACAUCAAAACGCAUAUUGACUCCAUCAGAAAUAUUUUCCAGAGUCUCCAGAGGUUCAUGCGAAAAUGCAGGAAUUACCUUUCUUGCCAUAAGCUCUUUGAGAUCAUCAGCUUGAAAAGUUUGGGUUUUGACGUCAGACCGACGUUGGAUUUUGCCGUUAGGCCGGCGUUGUGUUUUGGCGUCAAUUUGACGUUGGGUUUUGAUGUCAGAUCGAAGUUGGGUUUUGAUGUCAGUUUGACGUUGAAUUUUGAAGUCAGACCAGCGUUGGGUUUUGACGUCAGUCCGACGUUGGGUUUUGAUGUCAGACCGACGUUGGAUUUUGAAGUCAGGCCAACGUUCUGUUUUGACGUCAGUUUGAGGUUGGGUUUUGAUGUCAGAUCGACGUUGGGUUUUGACGUCAGACCGACAUUGGUCUUUGACGUCAGUUUGACGUUGAGUUUUGACAUCAUUCUGAUGUUGGUUUAUGACGUCAACCUGACUGUUUUGACAUCAACUCGACGUUGAGUUUUGGCGUCAGUCCAACAUCAAAUGGACUACUGCAUUAUGAAAUUUAAGCAGGUACAUUUUUUUACUUGUGUUUUAUUUUUUUACCUACAGAGUUUCAGAGAAGCUUAAGAAAG